GCCACACCACGGUCACCCCACCGCCACACGCCCGUCGCAUUACCACUUACAACACCACAACACCGCACGGCCACCGCCUCCAUUAGUCGAUCUGUGACAGACACGACGCCUCUCGCUGCCUCGGAGCUUCCCCCUGACACACGCGCGUAAAACGACUGGCGUGUCUUGCUGGCCUCAUGUAAGAAACUCGGAAUAUCUUGCAGUAAUAGAGUACGUGAGAGUGCAGCGGCGAGAGGCAGGGCGGAACAGGCUCUCUGCGGUAAAGUUGAGGCGACGCAAAUUAAACUUCUUUUUUAUAUCGUAACCUCUUCUGCUCCUUCCGCUGCAGGGAAGGGUGAGGGCUCGAGUGUGUGCCAAGAUGAUACGUUGCCUCCACAGCUACAGCUCGAGCUCCCGACGACGUCUCGCCCGCUUAGCGACGUGGUGAUCUGAAAAAUUUAGACGUAUCGAGUGAAACUGUUCGAUCGAGUGGUAUGUCGCCAGUCUUAAGUUGUGACUGAGAUCAUGGUGUGCUUUUAAAGCGUGUGGGAUAGUGAAGUGCUUUUUUUUUUUUUUUUUUUUUUUUUGGGGGGGGUGAUGGAAGGACACGAGUGAGAUACGCUCAGUGUAGAGAGAAAAAAGGUAAUCGUUAAGCCUUUCUGUGCUUUGCCGUCUUUGAUCGGAGGCGAGCAGAUCCUCCUGAAAAAAUAGCAUUGAAAUAAUCAAACAAUCUUCGGGACAUUGAGACUUUUUCAAGCAUCGGCCUGCACCACUCGCAAGAGAUAAACGUAAGAAUCCAGCCCCCACAUCAGGCAGGAGCCCCCAGAGAGGGCGCCGCACCAUCACCCACCCGGAGGAGGGCGCCAGACACACCUUCCCGACGCUGGCACUGGUGUGGUCCGGCAACAAACCGCCGUGGCAUUGUGUAGUACGCGCCGAGACACGCAACAAUGAACACUACGUAGCUACUCGUGCGUAACCCUCGCCAUGCACACACCAGCUACGGACAUUGCAAGAGUCGUGGCUGGGUUAUGCACGUGGUUGCAAGGAGCGUCUGGCGUGCACUGAGUGGUGGUUACCAUGGCACCCGGCACGGCGGACUUGCACGUGGCUCUUCCAGUCAUCUUCGUUCUGGUCAUCUCUCUUCUCCCGCCGGGUCACGACGGCGCCAACCUCCGCUUCGCCCCGGGGUACCACAAGAAGUACCCGAAACCCGUACCCGCUUCUUCCUACCCAGGAUACCCCGCACACUACCCGAACUGGGGGUCGCAGUAUCCGCAGCAACACGUCGGGUAUUUGGGGCGCGAGGAGGAUCGAGCGCGGAGCGAGGAGGCGCACGACCCUUCGCGAAAUACCCGAUACCCGCUUGACACGGACGGGUACCCGGGCAGCGACAACGAGCACCCGUCGCUCACCAACCGCCACCCGGGGGGCACCCGAAGCGGAUACAUCGGAAACGACCUCAACGGCGUCCCUCUACCCGACCACGACGCCAGAUACCCGCCCGCCCGCGAGGGAAAUGUCGGCUACCCGCACCACGGCGUCGGAUACCCCAACUACGGGUACCCGAUGAUCAAGGCCUCUCCCAACGACGUCAUCAACGGGACCUUGGUGAACCCCUGGGACGCCGCCGUGUGGGACCACGCGCUCGACCCCGACGUCUGCAGGACCUUGUCGGGCCUCACGCGCUCGCAGCUGCACGUCUGCACGCGAAACAUCGAACUAGCCGGGGCAGCUGCUAUUGGCCUCCAACUAGCGGUGAGAGAGUGCGGGAGGCAGUUUGCUAACCAUCGCUGGAACUGCACGGCGCUAACCACCCCCACUAACAACCCACACACGGCCGCGAUCAUGACAAGAGGCUACAGCGAGAGCGCCUUCGGCCACGCCAUCACGGCAGCGGGAGUCACCCACAGCGUCGCCCGCGCAUGCGCAGCUGGGCGCCUCCAUAACUGCUCCUGCGGCAUGGUACGAGGCAAGAGAGCGUGGAAAUGGUCUGGGUGCCACGACAACACCCGGUUCGGUGCCAGGUACUCGAGGCACUUCCUGGACGUGCGGGAGAGAGCCAAGGACAUGAUCUCGUUCACGCACCUCUAUAAUAACGAGGUCGGCAGGAAGCUGGUCCGCCGAAACAGGGAAGUCCGAUGUAAAUGCCACGGGAUGUCAGGUUCCUGCGAAGUCAGGACUUGCUGGAAGGCCGCCCCUGACUUCCGCAGAGUGGGCGACAUGCUGAAGGAGAAAUACCGGAAGGCGAAGUCAGCAGCAAGUGAAGUCUUCGGAAACUCGGCCAACACGGCGAGCAAGUAUCGGCCCGUCAGGAGGGAGAUCAGCCCGGACUCCCCUCUGCUGUACGUCGAGCGGUCACCGACGUUCUGCGAGGUCGACGGUCGCCUCGACGUGGCCGGGACGGAGGGUCGACACUGCAACCGCAACUCGACGGGUCCGGACUCGUGCGAUUCCCUGUGUUGCGGCCGCGGCUACGACCAGCAGCGGCAGAAGGUCAGCCGGAAGUGCCACUGUCGUUUUAAAUGGUGCUGUCAUGUCACUUGUCAAGACUGCUCCGAAGAGAAGUGGAUUUCCGUGUGUAAGUGAACCCGAUGAGGACUUACGCCGUGAUUCAAAUUUUCCUUCGAGAGGUGCAGCCGUUCUGAUCCGAGACUACGAGAUACCUUCAAGUUUCUCUGUGCCAUGGAAUAUAAUAACGCACAGUGCUUGAGAAAGACAAAGUGCUUGAAGGAGAAAGAGAAAGAAACAGAGAGAGAGAGAGAGAGAACAGAUUCAUUUAUACAGUGCGAAUAGUGCUGAGCGAAUAGAAAUACUGAUCGUGCUUUGUCGAAGGACCCGGACAGACAAGGAAAAUGUCAAAGGUUGAAACAGUACCUAAGGACUUCUUGAUAUAUUUAGGACAAAACUGUCUCCUAUGACAAUUCUGGUUGUGACUUCAGGGUGACAUCAGUACUUGGCUAUCGUGGAAUCUAAAUGUAAAUACAAUAUUUAAGUAUCCUUGAAACAUUUAUUGUAGAAAUCCGAAUAGGAAGUGUCAAGUGCAAAUAAUAUUUUUUGAUAAA